UUAAGGUGGAGCAGCGAGUCUAGCAACCAGAGACAGAGAUCACAACGAUGAGGGGCCCACACCCUCCACCAUCAUACUCCGGCAUCGCUGCACCAGAAGACGACGGCGAUGUCUUGAAAACUACGACGACCGCCGUUAUUGGGCCCCGUAAAAAGGCCACCGGAGUCCGUCCCUGGCUUCUACUAGACUCCGCCGGCCAAGCCCAGGUGGUGGAGGCCGGAAAGCACGCUAUCAUGCGCCGCACCGGCCUUCCUGCCCGCGAUCUCCGCAUUCUGGACCCUCUUCUCUCUUACCCAUCCACGGUUCUGGGUCGUGAACGGGCCAUCGUCAUCAAUCUCGAGCACAUCAAAGCCAUUAUCACUGCCCAAGAAGUGCUCUUACUCAAUUCCAGAGAUCCUUCGGUUAUACCCUUCGUCGAUGAGCUUCAACGGCGCAUUUUGCGCCACCACCACGCCACAAAAGCUCAGGAGGGUGGAUUGAAUGCGACUGAUACGGAUUGGGCGAAUUUGUAUGAUGUGGAAGAGCCACAAUUAGCGGCAACAAGCCCUCAUAAUUUUUCCGGCAGAUUCCCGAAGAAGAAUGAGGAGGGUAAGUCAGACGGAAAACAAGCAAUGGAAAAUCGAGAUGGACUAAAGCUUCUUCCAUUUGAGUUCGUUGCAUUGGAGGCGUGCCUUGAGGCUGCUUGUAGUUCCUUGGAUAAUGAAGCAAGGACAUUGGAGCAAGAAGCUCAUCCAGCAUUAGAUAGGCUGACUUCCAAGAUUAGUACUCUCAAUUUGGAAAGAGUUCGUCAAAUUAAAAGCCGCUUGGUAGCGAUUUCUGGACGUGUUCAAAAGGUCAGGGAUGAAUUAGAGCAUUUGCUAGAUGAUGAUGAAGAUAUGGCUGAGAUGUAUCUGACUGAAAAGCUAGUCCAACAACACCUUGAAAAUUCUUCUCUGUCCUCUAUAAAUGAUCCAGAUGGCAUAGAUGAUGAAGUUCUUCAGUCAGAUGUGGAUGACAGAGUUCCUGCUGAAAUCUCAUUGGAAGGUAAUGGGGGUUCCAUCAGUUACGAAGAUGAUCCUGAACAUAGUGUCAACCAUCAGGAACAGUUAUUUGGCACGCAUAGCGCACUUAGUAGAGACAGUCAUGGGACCCAUACUAGUACCACACGCAGUGCUAUAAGCAAGCAACUUGACGUGGAGGAGCUUGAAAUGCUUUUGGAGGCUUACUUUGUUCAGAUUGAUGGUACACUGAAUAAGCUAUCCACACUGAGGGAGUAUGUUGAUGACACCGAAGACUACAUCAACAUCAUGUUGGAUGACAAACAAAACCAUCUACUACAAAUGGGAGUCAUGUUAACAACUGCAACCCUAGUGGUGAGUGCUUUCGUGGUUGUAGCAGGCAUUUUUGGUAUGAAUAUCAACAUUGAGCUGUUCAAUGAUGAAAAAGCUGGGAUGCCAGAGUUCCUCUGGACUAUUGGUGGAGGUGCCACUGGUAGCUUUUUCCUAUAUGUGAUCGCAAUUGCCUGGUGUAAGCACAAACGAUUGCUAGAAUGAGUAUAUGCGAUGGAAUGUAGGCCCUUUUAAUUGUUCGUAACUGUUCUGUUGCUUUCAUGAUUCAAAUACAGAAGGUUGAUUUUAAGAUAAUCUGUUGGCUAUUACAAAAAUAAAAAUCUAUACUUAAAUAAAAUUAUAAUGUAAUAUGUUUCCAUUACCAUACAUGAAAGAAAGAUG